AUAUUUAUCUUUGGUCAACUAAAUAGGUUAAAGCUCAACCACAUAUACUAUGCCUCACUUAUAAAUUUUAUUGAUUACCUAAAUUCGAGGUAAACAAAAAUGAGUCUCAAGGGUUUUGGUGUGGAGUUGAUUUUUCAAUCAUGUGGUGGGUAUAGAAACAGAAGAAAGAAGGGAAGUUAUUUAUGUAACAACUGGGGUUAGUUUAGUGGGUUGGAAUUGGAGGAGUUGACCUAAGUUUAUUGUCCGAUUUGGGAAAGAAUUCUUUUUUUUUUCUUUUUUUUUCUUUUAUCUCUGAAGUGAGAUUUUGGGUUUUCAAUAUAGAGAAGAUUUUGGAGGACUAUUUUGGGCUUUGUCUUGCUUUUGAAGAGGGGAUCUGAAGGAUUUUGUUGAAGGGUGAAGCAACUCUUACUUUGGGGGUGUGGAUGAAUUAAGCAGCUCUAGUAUUCAUUCAGAGGAGAUGGCAUGUAUGAAGUUGGGAUCCAAAACAGAUGCUUUCAAGAGAAAAGGCCAGGCCUGGUUUUGCACAACUGGUCUCCCAAGUGACAUUGUUGUUGAAGUUGGGGAAAUGACCUUCCAUCUUCACAAGUUCCCAUUGCUUUCUAGAAGUGGGGUUAUGGAGAAACGGAUUGCAGAAGCAUCUGAAGGAGAAGAUGGCUGUGUUAUUGAACUCACUGAUACCCCUGGUGGUGCUAAAACAUUUGAGCUUGUAGCUAAAUUUUGUUAUGGGGUUAAACUAGAGCUUACAGCGGCAAAUGUUGUAUACCUUCAAUGUGCCGCCGAGCAUCUUUAUAUGACUGAAGAAUAUGGGGAGGGGAAUCUGAUAUCACAGACAGAGGUCUUUCUAAAUCAGGUAGUUCUCCGUAGCUGGAAAGACUCUUUGAAGGCACUUCAAACCUGUGAUGAUGUUCUCCCAUAUGCUGAAGAACUCAAAAUUACAAAAAGGUGCAUUGAUUCAUUGGCUGUGAAGGCAUGUACUGAUCCCAACCUGUUUGGUUGGCCUGUGAUGGAGCACGUUGGGCCCUUGCAGAGUCCUGGAGGGAGUAUCUUAUGGAAUGGAAUAAGCACUGGAGCUAGGCCAAAACAUUCAAGUUCCGAUUGGUGGUAUGAGGAUGCAUCAACUUUAAGUUUACACCUUUACAAGAGGCUAAUUUCUGCUAUGGAAUGUCAAGGCGUCAAACAGGAAAUCGUUGCUGGUUCCCUCAAUUAUUAUGCUAAAAAGUACCUUCCUGGGCUAAACAGACGGCAGACCUCUUCCGAGUCUAGUAACCGUUGUCUUGCACCAGUUUCUUCUCUAUCGGAAGAAGAUCAGAAGCUUUUACUUGAAGAGAUAGAUCAUUUACUGCCCAUGCAAAAAGGUCUAGUGCGAACUAAAUUCCUCUUUGGCCUACUGAAAACAGCCUUGAUUCUUCGAGCUAGUCCCUCUUGCAUAUCAAACUUGGAGAGAAGGAUAGGAAUGCAGCUUGAUCAGGCCACUCUUGAAGAUCUCUUAAUGCCUAAUUUCUCUUACUCGAUGGAGACACUUUAUAAUGUGGACUGUGUACAGCGGAUUCUUGAGCACUUCUUAGCAAAUGAUCAAGGAACUGGUGGUGAAUCACCUUGUUCCAUUGAUGAUGAUGAACAGCUGAUGGGUCUGACGCCAAUCACUAUGGUGGCAAAACUAAUAGAUGGAUACCUUGCAGAGGUUGCCCCAGAUGUUAACUUGAAGCUUCCCAAAUUUCAGACUCUGGCUGCUUCUGUUCCUGAAUACGCAAGGCCCCUGGAUGAUGGCCUUUAUCGUGCAAUUGACAUCUAUCUCAAGUCACACCCAUGGUUGGGAGAAUCAGAUAGAGAACAACUGUGCAGGCUGAUGGAUUGCCAGAAGCUCUCAUUGGAAGCUUGCACACAUGCUGCACAGAACGAAAGACUCCCUUUGAGGAUUAUAGUACAAGUACUCUUCUUUGAGCAGCUGCAGUUGAGAACAUCCAUUGCAGGAUGCUUCCUUGUAUCCGAAAACCUUGAUGGGGGUUCAAGGCAGUUGAGAAGUGGACCACCAAAUGAAGGAGGCGGCUGGGCUACUGCCGUCAAAGAAAACCAGGUGUUGAAAGUGGGGAUGGAUAGCAUGAGGGUACGUGUCUCCGAGCUCGAGAAGGAGUGCUCAAACAUGAGGCAGGAGAUCCAGAAGUUGGGGGGUCGAUCGAAAGGAUCAAUGACUUGGGGAAAUGUCUCCAAGAAGUUUGGCUUCAAGUUGAAGUCUCAAAUGUGCAGUGCUCAGGAGGGAUCAGUUAGUAAGAUAAAUGAUGGAAAGGCUAUAAAGGAUGACAAGGCCGAUCGAAAGCACAAGAAAAACUUAUCUAUAGAUGAAUAAUUCUCUGUUUCUAUUCUUUGAAGGGUGUUCGUUUGUUUCUGUUUAGUUUAAGUGUCCAAUUUCUUUGUCAUAUAUGUUGAUUAGGUUCUUUGACUAUCUCGUCUUUGCAGACUACAUUAACAUCGUCAAGUGUAUUUUUAUGUAUCUUUAUUAAAAUCGUCUGUCGCUGUCUUUUACCUUCGACAAUAAGUGCAAACAUCUAAAUUGUCCAAAUAGAUCUGUUGUAGGCUGUCUAUGUGAAUGAAGAACUUUUGCAUUUCA